CGAACGGCUACCAAAGCAGGAAAUGUAUCCAGAAGACAAACCGAGAGGACGUUUUAAUCAUUGAAAAAUCAGCCAUGCAGUGUUUUUGUAACGGAAUACAUCAUGUGUUAAGGUUGUGGAUGGUCUGCGUGUCUCUUUUCAUAAACCAUGGGUUCGCCGGUAAAAUGAAGAUAGUCGAGGAGCCAAACACAUUUGGGUUAAACAAUCCUUUUCUGUCUCAGGGAAGCAGACUACAGCCUAAAGUGACCCCAACUCCAGUAUCUGGCCCUGCACAUUUUCAUCGGCUUGCUGGAAAGUGCUUCAGUCUCACAGAGUCAACGUAUAAAUAUGAAUUCUGUCCAUUUCACAACAUCACCCAACACGAGCAGUCUUUUAGAUGGAACGCCUACAGUGGGAUACUGGGGAUCUGGCAGGAGUGGGAAAUAGCAAACAACACUUUCACGGGCAUGUGGAUGAGAGACGGGGAUGCUUGUGGAACGAGAAACAGGGAGACAAAGGUGAUUUUUGUCUGCAGUCCAAGCAGCAAACUUGCUCAAGUCUCAGAGCCCAGUACCUGUGUGUACUCGCUGACCUUCGAGACCCCGCUUGUUUGCCAUCCACAUUCCCUUUUAGUGUACCCGACACUGAGUGAUAAGCUCCAAAAGGAAUGGGACGAAGCUGAGCAGGCUCGCUAUGAAGGUCUUAUAACUGAGCAGGGAUACAACAAUCUUUUGAGGGAUAUUUUUGAGGAUGCUGGUUUCCUAAAGAGCCAAAAAGUCAAGAUAAAGCCGCCAGAGGUUGCAGCUGAUUCGGGAACACACAACUCUUUACAGAAAUGUACAGAGGAUUUCCAAAAACAGAGGGAAGAAAUUGAGAGACUGCGUGCUCUCCUCACGCAACACAAUAUUUCCUUUGAUUCACAGCAAAAUAAAUCAAAAGGCGCAGUGAGUACGACGGCUAAGAGUAAACACCUACGGGGAGAUAACGGCCUGAUUGAUCUGCAGUGAAUGCCUUCCACAGCAAGUCACACUCGACAGUGGAUUUGAAGAUUUUGUUGGGCAAUGUGAGCGACACAGACACUCACUGGACAAUAUUGCUGUCACUAGUGAUGGCACUAAAAGUUAAUUUAAACACUGAAAAAAACUGAACUCAUUUGUGGAUUACAAACUUGUCGGAAUGUCGUGAACCAUUUUUUCAGAGGAGUUCCAACACUCAGCUGGCUCUCUCAAGGACUUUUUCUGAGUCUUGUAAAUGAAUCAAAUGUAAACAUGCAACCAUAUUGAGAAAUAUGCUUUUUUUUUAAAUAAAGUUUUGAGAGGAGGAACACGA